AUGAAUAAUCUCGAAAACAAUCCGCUCGUCUGCGACUGCCAGCUGCGAUGGCUCAUUGUGACAGUUCAGGCCGGCGUCUCCAAUCUCACAGUAUCUGACGCUGUGUGUAGUGAGCCCGUGCACCUGAAGGGGCGUGGCAUAAGCGAAGUCACCCUAGCGGAUCUCAACUGCAGCACGCACGACACGAUUGAGAUAUUAAAGGCCCCUAAUGCCACAUACGAUGUUGAGCCCAAUAUGAAGAUUGUCAUUGCCAUAGAUGUCAUCACGGACCCAGACUGGCAGAACAAGAUUAGAUACAAAUGGUUCUGGUACUUGCCAGUUACCACGGCGACCGGUGACCAGAUUAUAGAGAAGCAGCCACUCCCACCCACCUCCAGCUAUGACAAGUACUUCAAGCUGUCACUGUCGGGCAAGGAGCUGACCUUCACCAUACCCGACGUGAAAACACCUGUAAUGGCGGACAAUACGGCCGAGUAUGAUCUCUAUCAUUACCUCGCGGAUGACAGGCUCUUCUCCAUCAAUAUCAGUCACAAGUUUGACCAUCGAGUGGUGAACUUCACUGUGAAAGGAAAGGAGCUGGACAUAAAAAACAAUAUUGAGAUAGUAAAGGCGCCCAAUGCCACAUACGACGUUGAACCCAAUAUGAAGAUCGUCAUUGUCAUCGAUGCCAUCACGGACCCAGACUGGCAAAACCAGAUUAGCUACACAUGGUUCUGGUACUUGCCAGUUACCACGUCGACUGGUGACCAGAUUAUAGAGAAGCAGCCACUCCCACCCAACUCCAGGUAUUACAAGUACUUCAAGCUUUCACAGUCGGACAAGGAGCUGACCUUCACCAUACCCGACGUGAAAACACCGGUAAUGGCCGACGAUACGGCCGAGUAUGAUAUCUACCAAAACCUCACUGAUGACAGACUGUUCUCCAUCAAUAUCAGCCACACGUUUGACUAUCGAGUAAUGAACUUCACAGUGAAAGGAAAGGAGCUGGAAAAACCAAAGUCUGUGCCAGUGGACAAUGCGGCAGGAUUCAAUCUGUGGUAUAUUGCUCUGAUUGUGGGUAUCCUGGUAGUGUUACUCGUUGUGGUAUUUAUCAUCCUGUACCGGAAUAGAGGUGGUACCUGCCGAUUGGGCAAGAAGGAGAGGAAGGCAGGCAACAACCCUGAACAGGAACUACAAGAGAAUAAUUUCCAGGAUGCGGGGAGAGUUGAUGAUUUCAAUGAUGAUUCCAGAGAAAUGGAGACCGGUAUGAACGCAGAGGCGCGUCCUUUGAGUGAUGGCAUAGAUAAUGCAGAGAUUGGUAAAGGCAGUGAUGACGUCCUGGAGGACGGGUCGGAUGAUAUAUGUCCAAGGAAGUCAUUAUGUAGGAUACUGUGAUCUAGUUACAUCAGUUAGGUCGCCGCCGACGAAGAAAAACCGAGAGAGCGGCAUCCCAUAGAAAAAAUCCACCUUGACGCCACCCGGCGAAUGGCGUGAGGAGGAAAGUACGGAAUUCGGUGGCGAACUUCCUAACAAAAGCUUCUGCCUGGGCGUACAAAUAUAACGAAACCACCGCUUGUGUUGUCCAGGUUUAAAAAAUAACUAAAGCGAUUGCAGAAAUAACUGACACAUAAAGUGAUGUUUAUGGAAACAAUCCUUAUGCGAAAACUACGCAAACAAGGUGAUGAAUCGACAAUAUGUUGUUAGACUAAUCUAAACACAUCCGACAUUUUCAAUCGCGACGUGAAAACGGGUCCAUGUUAAACAUUUUCUGAAAAAAAACACUUAUUGGAUUUAAAAAACUUACUGAAGUAAUAUGAAGUGAGCAUUAAUUCCAUAAAUAUAUUACAUACCGUACCUGAACAAUAAUACAUUAUCAGAAUAUUCAUUUCGCGGAUCCAAUCGGUGUGUAAAAUUCAAUGAUGUUUCGCAUUGUGGCGUCUAUAAAACCAAUAUCUACGACACAGACAAUAUAGGAUUCGACGGAUUUGCGCAUACACGUAUCUAUUUCGUUUUAUAAAAUCUAAUAGAGUGUAUCUGUGUUAAUUCAAACCGGAAUGACCAUAUGUCAUAACAUAUGGAAGUUUAGGGAUGCAUGUUAUUAUAAUAUACAAGAUAUUCGUGUUUUUUUCGUGAAUUUUAGAUGUCGUUCCCAACAAAUUUCUUCAGGGGAAAACUUCUCUAUUUAAAAAUGUGUGUUGAGUAUUCAAAGGAACCGCAAUAUAAGAAAGUAUUAACGAUCCAUUAUGUACACAAUUAUUAAUAUUUUGAAAAUUACGUUCGAUUGAUGCCAUAACACAGAAAAUAUAUUUCAACCUCAGAAAUAUAAUCUCAUAUACAUACACGUGACUAUUUAAAAAAAAAUGAUACAAAAUUUCAAAAACAACUAUUGACAUAAAACACCAAAAGGUAUUAUCCUUGGAAAAAACCUGACUCUAGAAAGCGACUGAUCUUCAGCAAUUUAAAACACAACGGUAAAAUAAUUAUCAUUCGUUGGACAUUUAUACGAUAUGAUUUCGGGAGUCGAUCGAUCAAUUAACUUAAUACAACAUGUCCAAAAUACUGUUUUUAAUGAGAAAUCCACAAAUGUUCUUGUUCACGAAAAAGUCAUUGUUUUAAAACUCGGGUAUUUAUGUCGAUUAAUUUACAUCAUGUAAACGAAUUACAUUAUACAAAUAUACGAGCAAUCUUCAAAUGAAUAUAAUGAUACAGAAAUAUUUGUGUGUUUUAUAAGCACAUUUUGUUAAAAAAGUGGCAUUAUGAUAUUCAAACAAAUAGUUUAGCAUGUUUAAUUAAUAUAAUCGAACGUCAUAUUGCAAUAUUUAUUUGUAGACCUAUAUUAAUGAAGCAUGCCGGUAUGUAUGUGGUAGUGUUAAUUGAUAUUUUGUUUACAAAUUCCUACGCACGUUUGGUAUCCAUCGUUUUGCAUUUGAAAUUGUCCUUAAGAGGUAAAUUUCGUUAAAAUAGUAUUGUUAUAUUACUUAGGACCAACUAAUUGUAUAUAUAAUACAAAUUCACUACUGCUCCAGCAGCUGGAGUUUCACUUCUUUAUAUAAAUGAUAUUGUAACAUAAUUGUGAAAAACAUAACUUGCACUAAAGGGAUGCUCGUACAAUCAUUAUAUUCAUUUAGCAAUCAAUUGACAAUAUUGAACAAGUUUGAACAGUCGGUACGAAUGUAUAAUGUGACAUCAAUGUUGUAUUUUCUUAAACCAAUGUUAAUAUUCUGGCUUGUGACACACGUGGUAGAGCUGCCGGUUAAAGUAAUCUUUUAAUGCAUUAAUGAUUCCCCAAUUGAAGGUUUGCUUGCUAAUAAAGAUGACCAAGACUUACAUUUAGCUGAAUAAUUUUUAUAAAACAUACUAGUUUGUAUUUCAGGUGUGUGUGUUUGUUUCUUUUUUGUCUUUGCCUUUUUAAACCAUUCAACAUUCUGUUUAUUUCGCUUAUAUGUCAUGUUUCAAAUUUGUUGUUGCUGAUAUUGCUUUUAAGCAAAAUAUAUUAUAUUGUAUUU